UAAUUGUUUUGGUCCUUCAAUUGGUAUAACGUACAAACUGGUGUAUCUUAUACCAAUUGAGUCUCAUCUUCAAUGACAGACUUGAGUUCUUGACUCAGUGUUGAAAUUAGUCAAGAGUAUUAAGCCAUAACCAAAACCUUCAACCUAAAUCAGUGAAAAUAGGCAUGCGCCAAACAUGGUGAGUCCAAGAAGAAACCAAAGUUCAGACAAUUCUUUUCAAAUCCAAUCAAAUUCUCUCUCUUCAAUCCUUAGUUUGUUGAAAAAGCCUCAAGCUUUUCCCUUUUUACUCUUAAUCUUCCUUUUUCUUACUUGGGUUUCUCUCAAAUUUCAAAACCCUUCUCAUUUCUCUCCUGUUCUUCAAAAUCCUAAAAGAUGGAGUAAAGAAGAAGACUUAAAAGCUAAUUUGGUUAGGUUUCUUCCUUCUAAAUUGGCUAAAGAUAAAAGGGGUUGGUUGCUUAAUCCUGUUUCUGCUGCAAUUGAUGCUGGUAUUGAUGGUGGGGCAUUGGCCUGUGCUACAGUUCAUGUUGGUGAAAUCCGGCCUGGAGGAAUUCGGGGGAAUCACAGACACUAUACUAGUAACGAGACGUUUAUCAUUUGGGGUGCUCGUAUAAAGUUUAGGUUGGAGAACAGUCAAGUAGCUGAUAAGGGUUAUGCUGAAGUGGUAAUUGGUGCAGAUGAGGUUGCUGUUGCAGCUAGCCCAAGAGGGAUAGCCCAUGCGCUGGUGAAUGUAGAUCCGAUAAGGACAGCAUUCCUUUUGGGAUGUCAAGAUGAAAUUGUUAACUAUAACAGCUCGAACACUGCUUAUAAUAUCUGGAAGGAUCUUUAACUUUGUCACUUUAUUUGUAAAUUCUGUCCUGAUUUUUUUCUUUUUGAAUCUUUUAUUGCAUGUCAUUAGCGCUAAGGGCAUCUCUCAUUUUGUGAUCUUUGUCAGGAUGUUUCACUCAUUGGUUUUUGCCAUCUUUUUGGUGGUUUGCUUUAUAUGGGUGAAUUUGUAACAGUGAUUUACUUUUGAUUGCUUUAUUGCAUAAGAUUACUGGUUUCGGAUCUCCAAAUAUUGCUUUCUA